UGGGACGGGCUGUGACCCUCCGCACGUUCCUCAGCCUGAGCAUCUGCUUGGUGUGGAGACCUCACCUGUGGAAACUCCUGAUCAGUGGCUUUGAAUACUGCACAGCCUUCCUCCAGCCCUGCCUUUCAGGAUGAUCACCCCAGGAGCGCCGUCGGGGACCCUCCGGGCACAUCCCUGCUGACCCCACCACACUGGGACCCCCUGGGCAGCCUGGCCACCCUCCUCCCCGGGUGGCUGCUGCCAAUGCCGAGCUGCCAGGGGCUCAGGGGAGAGCCAGAGCUCCGCUUCCCCAUGGCAGCCCUUUCCCCCCGCGCCCCGGCCCAGCUGCAUGGUGUGGGUGCCCCUGAGGACCUCCAGGACUGACCGCCGGGCCCCCCUGCGCUGCCCCUCCUCCCGCUGCGCCACCAUGUCUUUGGAGUGGUUGAUGGAUUGGAGCUGGUCCCUGGACGGCCUCCGGGAUUUCAUCGCCACUGGCAUCCAGUCAUUCCGGGAUUGCGACGCCACCGCUUUGGCCGCCGUGGCCUGCCUCCUCCUCCUCUUCCUCUGGUACUGCUACCAGGUGGGGAGGGAGCAGCCCCGCGCCUCCUACCCCACCGUCAACGCCCUGAUGCAGGGCGCCGAGGCCAACGGGGUGCAGAACGGCUACGUCUACUGCCACUCGCCCGAGUGCGUGCGCUGCGCCCACCACGACGGCCUCAACCAGAAACUCUACCACAACCUGCAGGAGUACGCCAAGCGCUACUCCUGGUCCGGCAUGGGCAGGAUCCACAAGGGCAUCCGCGAGCAAGGCCGCUACCUCAACAGCAGGCCCUCCAUCCAGAAGCCAGAAGUCUUCUUCUUGCCCGACUUGCCUACCAUGCCCUAUUUCUCCCGGGACGCUCAAAAACACGACGUGGAGUUGCUGGAACGUAACUUCCAGACCAUCCUCUGCGAGUUUGAGACCCUCUACAAAGCUUUCUCAAACUGCAGCCUCCCCCAAGGAUGGAAAAUGAACAGCACGCCCAGCGGGGAGUGGUUCACCUUCUACUUGGUGAACCAGGGCAUGUGCGUGCCCAGGAACUGCAGGAGAUGCCCACGGACGUACCGCUUGCUCGGCAGCCUUCGCACCUGCAUUGGGAACAAUGUCUUUGGGAAUGCCUGCAUCUCCGUGCUCAGCCCGGGCACCGUCAUCGCCGAGCACUACGGGCCCACCAACAUCCGCAUCCGCUGCCAUCUAGGUCUGAAGACGCCCAGCAACUGCGAGCUGGUGGUGGGGGGCGAGCCCCAGUGCUGGGCUGAGGGGCGCUGCCUGCUCUUCGACGACUCCUUCCUGCACACGGCGUUUCAUGAAGGUCCCCCGGAGGAGGGUCCCCGCGUGGUCUUCAUGGUGGACCUGUGGCACCCCAACGUGGCCGCUGCCGAGCGCCAAGCCCUCGACUUCAUCUUCGCCCCGGGCCGAUGACGGCGCUGCCCGGCGGGGUGGGGGUUGGAGGGCGGCUGAGCUCCGCCGCGGCUCCGGCGCCGCACUGGAGGCUUCCUCCCAGCACACGGCCUCCCGGGGGCUCUUGUAAAUGGAAACUGCGACCUGUAUCGACGCCCAUCUCUUUCCUCCCAUCGUCGGAAAUUAUUUUCCCCCCUGUCCCGGUUUGAGGUAAAAGAGGGGGGAUCCGUUUUCCAGCAGGGCAGCGCCUCGCCUUCCCUCCGUGGUUACCCCCGGCGCCGCCCUCCUACAUGUCCUGUUGCUACUGUGUUUUUUGCCGUGUUCAGAAGUAGAGUAACGAAACCAAGGGUGUUUGUUUGAAUGUAAUAAUGUAAAACCUCUCAUGGCCAUCAAAAGAACCACAUACACACACACACAUGCACAACCAAAACAGCAAACCAGCCUGCCCCUGGCCCCGCUGCGGUCCCUGGAUGGAUGGAUGGAUGGAUGGACCCAGGGGCUGCUCAGGCUGGGGCAGAUGGGGCAGGGCAGUGUUCUGCCUGCAGAGAGCUCUUGCACCCCCAGCCCAGGGGCUCCUGCUGCCUCCCUCGCAUGCCAGCAGGGCCCUGGCACGUGGCUCUUGCCUCAAGAGACCUUUUUGCCACCCGGGCACGAUGCUGGCUGCCCUCGUAGCCACCGGUCCCCCCUAGCCCCAGCAAGCCCAGAAGGAGCCCCCGACAUCCACCCUGUCGAAGGGACAGAACGCAUGGAGCCCCGCUCUUUAAUCUGGCCAAGGGUGUUAUUAAUUGCCUAAAACCCCUUCUCGCUUUAUCUGCAACCUUGGGAGCCCCCCCCAGGGGCAGGGACACUCUUUGGGAGCCCCCCCCAGGGCUCUUACUUGCCCGUGUAGACAAAAGCCAGGGAUGAAAGAAGGUCACUCUUCCUUCUGCUGCUCCAUCUUCUCCUUUCCUGGGGCCAGAGACAGCUCGUGCCUUCCUGGCAGCCAAGGAAAGGUUUCCAAAGGCAGGGGGUGUUUAAUUCCACAGCCCAAUUCUCCACCCCCGCCAGGGAAUCCUGCCCACCCACCAACCAACACGCUUUUCCUGAGGUCACCCCAGCACCCAGGGUUUGUUCGGGGGGGGGUGGGGGUGGUGGUGUUUUGGGGUCCAGAGCUGCCGUAGGGUUCAUACCACGCUAGAGGUGAAGCACGACACGUCACAGAUGCUCCCCCCUGUCCUCGUGCCUCCAGUUGGGACACAGUUGCCCCGGUGGCCUCAGCAGGGCUUUGGGGACCACUCACCUCCACACCCCACCCGGGAGGGAAGGCAGCCCCCGCUCCCCUACGAGUUCUUUACAGGUUUGUUUUGGGUUUGUUUUUUUUUUUCAACGAUCAGAUUGCAAGAUAAGGCCGAGAUUUCAAAUACAUCCGAGAUAUUUUUUACACCUGUCUUGUUACAGAAUUAUCCGAAAAAGUGCAUGAUUUCUACACGCAUUGACUACCUGGAGGCAGAGCCUGAGGGAACAGGCUGGCUUUGGUAACUGUCCUACGGUUUGGUAACAUUCAUACAGUGGAUAAGCAAAGAUUAUCAAUAAACAGUUGUGCUGAAAACAGAAAGGA